UCUUCCGGCAGGAUGGUGGGAGGGUGGAGAUGUGUUCGCAGCGGAAGUGUCGCUGCCGAUCUCUGUAAACAACGGCCAAUGGUCUCGCGUGCGGGUUUGCUCACGGCAAGGGUGGACGCUCGGACUCUCGAUGGACCCUUUAAACGACUCUCUGUGUCUUCAGGACUUGGUAGGAGGCCUCCAGCAACAGCCGCACCACGAGGCGGCUAUGACUUCACACAUGGGCUCCCUAGUUGGGCCUGUGCCCGUCCCCGCACAGCCACUCACUGUAUGUUCCUCCUUGCAUGCGAUGACACAUCACAGGUUGGACAACAACGCUAUGAGCAUGCACGGACAGCCACCUUCGACGGGAAGUGACCAUAAGAAAAGAGAUUCCAGCCACCACCACCACCCGUCCGGCGAGAAACUUCGAGGUGGCGGUGAUGGAGGAGGGGGUGGUGGAGGGGAGAGCGGGGAAAACUCCGGUGGGGAUGAAGGAGACCCCAAAAAGAAGAAAAGACAGAGGCGGCAGAGGACUCAUUUCACAAGCCAACAGUUGCAAGAGUUGGAGGCCACUUUCGCCAGGAACAGAUAUCCGGACAUGUCCACUCGAGAGGAGAUUGCGAUGUGGACGAAUCUCACAGAAGCACGUGUUAGGGUCUGGUUCAAGAAUCGAAGAGCAAAAUGGAGGAAACGUGAAAGAAAUGCUGCGGCCGAGCUAAAGAACGGCUUCGGUAGUCAGUUCAAUGGUCUUAUGCAACCUUUUGAUGAUGGUUUGUAUCCAGGCUAUUCCUCGGGAUACAAUUGGGCGGCCAAGGUGCCUAGUCCUCUGGGCGGCAAGAGCUUCCCUUGGCCCUCUCUUAAUUCCGUCAACCCUUUAGGACAAUGUUUCAACCCAUCCACGCCUCCAGGCAUCUCCACCGCCAGUAUUGUGCCAUCCGUCAGUAUGGCAGCGGGGGCAAGCAGCGCGGCCGCUCCUUGUCCUUACGCCACACCUACACCUCCUUACGUUUACAGAGAACAGUGCCCUACUAUGACCUCCAGUAUAGCUUCGCUUAGGCUGAAAGCGAAGCAACAUACGGCUGCUGGGUUUGGAACUUACGCAGGUGGGGUGUCUCCUCGCCAGACACCAACGUUAUCACCCUGCCAAUAUGCCGCUGUUGAAAGACCUGCUGUAUAGUACCCAACCACACUAUAUGCACAGCAUUCCUGUAAGCCCAGAACUAGAAGUAAAUGUGAAUUUAUUCUUCGCUUCUCAUAUGACAGACACGUAAAAUGUGCAAGAAAAACGCAAAUUACUUCCUUUAAGUAUCCGGAUACAAAAGAUACUCAUUUGCGAAGUUUCUAUUGAGUGACAGGCAUCCUGUUAGAAACAAAGAAUUUACUGACCAUUCUUAUGACCAUUGAGCAAAAUGUACAGUAUGAUAAAAUUACCAUAUACACACUUCGAAGAAUAUUUCAUGCACAAUACUCACGAAGAAGAGCCACAAAUUGUUGAAUGAGGAUUUAAGAACUUCAAUUUAUAGUGGAUAUGUUGGACAUUCUCAAAAGCCUAUAUUCAAAUAUGGUUGCCAAAUGGAAAUGCUGUUAUUAUUAUUAGUAUGUCCAUUUGCUUAGUAAGUUUUAUGAUCCAAGAUAAAACAGAAUUCAUGAAUUGUUAUUGCUGCAAAAAAACUUUCUUUUUAAAUGAAGGAAAUGUAUCGAGUUUUAGUGAACUAAUUUUAAGCUUUAAAAUG